AUGUCACCUACUACAUCCACUAAUAUCAAUAAAAAACUAAUAGCUGUAAAUAAUAGAAAUAUCAAUGGUGUAUUAUCUGCUACUUUUGAUAAUACGAAGGGUCCAAUUGUAACUGGUCAAUUCACAGACAUUAAGGAUUUUUCUAUACCUUCUUCUGUGGUACCAUUCCCUAAUUUGGGGAAAUCAAUAGCAUCUAAUACCACAACUUCCACAUCAAAUAGUAUUUUCAAUCUCAAUGCAAUUAGUAACCUUUCAAAUAAUAUUACCAAAUCAAAGCCGGAUAAAAUAAAUUUGGCAUAUCUUCUGAUACCCGAAAAUAUAGAACGUCAUUUAGGUACAUUAGAUUUUACCAAUACCAAUUUAUAUUGGAAUGUCAUAGAUAAAAAGUUUAACUUUCUACCUUUAUCUUCUUAUACUACUAAUUAUAUUAAUUAUUUCAUAUUUAAUGUCGUAAUUGCAGUAACAGACCCUAAAAAUAGACGUGGGACUACAAUCAAUUCAAUUGCAAUACUCACCACUUAUAAUAACCCUUCUAUAUGGAAACAAAUUUUAACCUAUAUUCGACCUUUUAUUGAUUAUAAGGAUUCAAACUCAAUAAAUUCAUCUUUGGAAAAAUGUUUUAAUUUUAUUAAUUCAUUAAACUUAUCUGAUUUAUUUAAUUAUUUUAACGAUAUUCAUUUGCAAUCGAUUUUAUGUUCAUUUACCACAAUAAAUGAGUUACAAUUAAAACAAUUCCCAUUGGCGUAUUCAAACCCAAUAUACACUACAGAAAAGGAUAAAAUUAUUUACCAUCUUGAUCAUGAUGAAAUUGAUCCAAAGAUUAAAGAAUUCAUUAAAGAUGAUACUUUACCCCUAGUAUUUAAUUUUAUGGACUCCAUCACUAUUGGCAAAGAUAUUAAAUUAGAUUCAACACUAUUGAAUUUCUAUAAAAAAUUCAUGAUUCAAUUUUACCCAAAUUUGAAUUUAAAUAAAAUAUCUUUUUUUAUUUAUUCCAAUUCCAAUUUAAAAAACUUAUUAUUUCAAUAUUUAAUGGCUUUCAAAUAUUUCUUAAGUUUUUUUACGAGACAAAAAUUCCAAUAUUAUAAUAAUAUAAUGAUACCAUUUCUAGAUAUUUCUAUGAUUGAUUGCUAUGAAAGUUAUUUAAAAAAUUUUCAUAACCCUAAUCUGAAUAGUUUUUCGUCUUCUUCAGCACCAAACUCAAUGAAUAAUAAUGGAAAUCUUAGUAGAGAACACAACAACAACCCAAACUAUUACUUAUUCUCUAUCGUUGGAGUUUCUAACCCAAUAUUUAAAGAACAAAAACAAUUAUGGAAUUUUUUUUAUGAUAUCGAUAAAGAUGAUUUUAUUUUUAAUAAAUCAUCUCAAUUGAAUUCAUAUUCUAUUAUUACCCCUCCAUUACAACAGUUACAAGUGCAGUCACAAUACGAAAACUUUGCGCCAAAAAACAUUAGUAACACCCCUAGAAGAUAUUCGAACCAAACGGCAGAUUUUAAUAGCAACUUAAACUCUACAACUAUAAAUAGAUCUUCACGGUCUGCAUCCACUUCCUCCAUUUUAAAUAGACAUAAUAUCAGUAAAGAACAUGCUUUAAAUGCAAAUAUAAGAGGAUCAGGAUCUAAACCUGCAAUUGUAAUCACAUCUCCUACUGAAAAUUCAAAGCUACAAGACUCAGCUACAAAUGAGUCAAAGCAUAAUACCUCGGACUUGAAUUCUUCUGAAAUAUCCAAUUCAGAGGAUCUUGGUAUCGAAGAGACAAUGGGGUCAAGAAUAGAUGAAAUGGGCGGAAUCAUUUCAAAUGAGGCUCGUAUGGGAACUUUUGAAACCAAUAGAGGAUUUGCAAAGACCAGAGAAACUAAUAUCAGAGAAAUUAAAUUAUCUGAAACUAAUAUCCAAGAUAUUAAAUCUGUUGAUACUCAUAUUAUAGAAUUUAAGGAGAUGGAACCGCCCAAAAUUUGUGAAUUAAAUAAUACAAAUUCGCGAUCAACAAACACCAGCUCAAAAAACUCUGAACCUACUAAUUCUAGUACAACUACUACUCACCAUGAUCCAAAUUUUGAAGAAUCUGACCUCGAAGAUUUAUCAUCAGUUGAUUCUGAUACAAAUUAUUCAGCUUUCGAAGAUGCAAGAUCUAAGAACUCUCUUUAUCAAGAUGUACAAUAUAGAGAUGAUGGGAAAACACUUAAUAUAGGCCGCCGUAGAACAAAGGGUAGUCCAACUAGAUCUAUUAGAAGAAAUUCUAAUGGACAUAGGCCAGAAUCUGUUUACAGUAUGUCUGAGUAUACUGACGCAAAAGAAUUACCAGAGGUCUUUAAGUUGAAGAUCCCUAAUAUUCGGGAUUUAGAAUCAAUAGAUUCAGUUGCUGAAUAUUCUGAUAAAGAAGUAUCGCAAGACUUGACAGGGAAUGAAACCAACUCUACCGAACUAAAAUCGACAGAUUCAACUACUGCAGACUUAGGCCCAAAGGAGAUACCAGACACCAUAGCACUGGAAAGCGAAUCUCUUGGGACCUUGACAUAUCAUGUUGGGGAGCCUAUUGAAAUUGGUUCAGAUGAUUCAUUUUCUGAUGGCCUAGGCUCCUGUGAUAUAAAUUUUGAAGAUGCAAAAUCGAGAAAUUCAGCUAGACAGGAUAUAAUGUUUAAUAGUCCAGAUAAAUUUACUCCUGUAUUAUUGACCCCUAAUAGGAAACAAAGCAUUUCCCCUAAACAAAAUAGUACGCCUAGGAAGUUGGAUACUGCAUUAAAGGCGAAUGAAAAUAAUGAACUAAGGGAUAAUAAUAUGGAUAUGAUUGAAUCAAAGAUAUCUACUUUAUUCAGUCCAAAGAAAAAGAUUUUACAAUCAAAAGAUGUUCAGCAACAAUUAAACAUUACUCCAAAAAAACCAAUAUUAUCUAAAACUACUAACAAUAACGGAAAGGGGACUCAUUCUAAUACUCAACGACAUGCUAAUAAUAACUUACAAUCACCUUCUUUUAAUACAGUAGCAACCGAAACAUCAGGUUCCCCAGUUUCUGCUAAUUCUGUUUUUAGCUCUGAUAGAAGAAACUCUAGUUUUAGGAAAUUUUUUAUAGACUCGAUGGUUGAUUCAAAUGUCCUUGGGAAAUUAAUAUCUUUAGGUCCUGGUGUUAAAACAACAUUAUUUUUUAGGAUAGUGAAUUUAUUAUCCAUAUUAGAAAGUGAUACAUUGAGAUGGGUAGAAAUAAGAAUGAGAGCAGAAGGUAAACGGAAAUUUACACAUGAAAUUUUAAUGAAAGAAUAUAGCAAUAUAAAAAAUCUUAUGCCAAGCGGAACGUUAUCAUAUUCGAAUGAUUUUGAUAAUUUAACCAUUUUGAACAUCUUUAAAAAGAUAAAUAUCAUACAAUUAUGUUAUACCUUAAAUUCAAUAAAGGAUCGAAAUGAAACAAAACUUGAGGUAUUAAUAAAAGAUAGAAUAUUUCAAUUUAAUAUUGGUACUGUAUUGAAAGAUUACAAUCAUAAUUUUAAAGAUAUCUUCUAUUUUGAGGAAUUUUUCAAUAUCGAGUCUUUACAAAUACUGAAGUGCUUUAUUCUUUUAACCAGACAAUGUGAUAAAUUAUUCAAUAAUCUAAGAAAAUUAAAGCUAGACAAGAAAUACAAGAAUAUUAAUUUUUUGAAGAAGAUAAAAAGUCAAUUAUUAAUGAUCAAAUUUAUUUUACAAAAACUGUUGAAAAUUUCAUCGACUUCUAGGGCAAAUUUAAUUAAAUUUGUUGAUAUAUUACUUUGCUUUCCUUUGCUACCAAAUUUUCUUAGAUUUGAUUUGAAGAGGUUUGACUUCAAUCAUUUUGAUUUCAAGGACUUCUUAGAUUUAUCACCUCUAGACAAAACUUUGGAAGAGAAAUAUAAUUCAUUUCAUGUUACCGCUACGCCUCCAUCCGCAGAUACGAGAAAAGCAAUUCAUAUAAAUCAUGCAAUUAAUAAUGUCCAUUCAAAAUGGAUGAUCUUUGUUAAAUUAUCGAAGAUGAAAGCGCUGACAACAUUAGAAUUCUUAUUGCUACUGAGUUCUAAGGUUCAAGAUGUAAAGGGUUCUAUAUUGUUAUUUCAUAUCGAUAAAAAAGAUGCUUCUGUGCCUUCACCUGCUGAUGAUGAUAUUGCACAAGUUCAAUUUAGGAGAAGCUCUAAAUCCACUUCAGUAGGACACAAUGUAGAUCAAUCAAAACAUAAAAAAUCCGAGUUAGAAAGGCUGCCAACACAGUCAUCUAUUCAUAGCGCUACAUGGGACUCACUAUCUCCAGAUAUAGUAUAUGAUCCAUUAAUGAAAGAUAUUAAGAAGCAUCCUUUGCUACUUGAUGCUAAGAAACAUUUAAAAUUGUCAGAUGAAUUCAUUAAAAGAAAUAUAUCAAAUACUAAGUUUGAGAAUACUGUUCUUACUGACGCAAAUAAUUUUAAAGGGUCUGUCAAUUUAACAAAUGAUAUUAUUGAGAUCAAAAAAAUGGUAGUCCUUUUAUUUUUUCUUAUUGAGAAAUAUUCUCUUGGCGAUAUAGUUAUUAGGAAAUAUAUGCAUAAUGCAACAAAAAUGGUUUAUGAUUAUAUGAAAAAUGGGAAUGAACCCUAA